AUGUCUGAAUACAGAGAAAUUCGUGAAUUUUCUAUUUUUGACAAGAAAUUUAUUCCUGGUGGUUUUGAGACACCUCUUACCAAUCUAUCUUUCUCUAUUUCAACGAUUAAUUUAACUGAAUUUUGUUUUAAUGAAAAUCCUGUGUCACCCACUUCAAGUUCUUUAUCUCAAGAAAUUUUUGAUUUAACCGGACCUCAAUUUUGGCCAACAUCAAAACCUGUAAAAAAAACCAAUUUUUGGAAAAAAAUAUGGUCAAAGAUAUCUAAUUCAUCAACAUCAACAAAUGGAUUUUUUAUUAUGAGAUCAAAAAGACGUACGUCGAAUGUUAGUGAGAGUAGUAUCCUUACUGCGCGUUCGACUCAAAACCAUGACCUUAGAACAAAUGAUGGAGGAAAUCAAGCAACACCGACAACAAAUUUACCUACGGAGGUAAAUCCAAUACGUUCACUAUGCAAGCAGGAUUCAGCGGAUACAACAUUUAAUAAUAUCGAUAAAGCACUUAUAAUUCGUUCUCGUCAUCAUAGUAUCUCAUAUCCUCUUCGUGAUCUUAAACAUCCAAAUCCAACACCUGAUGAACAAAUUUCUUGUUUGAUUCAAUGCGUUAAUUUUAAAGUUCAUAUUUAUCCUCAUUUAUUACAUUUUAAAACCACAAAUUCAUACAUCAAAAUUCCAAUACAAAUUCCACGGGAUAUCUCGUUCAGUCAAUUUCAAAAAUCGAUUGCUAGAUUAUUAAGAUAUCAUUUACAACGUUUACCUACAAAAGAACCAUCGAUGAUCAUAAAAGAUAAAAUUUCAAAAGAUUUAGUGGUUUUGUACCACACAAAGAAGAUAAAUGCGAAUGAUUUAACCGAAUUAUCAAAGAAAAAUUCUAAUGAAAGGAACGAAGAUUCUGGUAACACCAAAAAUGAGGGCUGUAAAGAAGCAAAAGAAAAUUUGAAGGAUAAUAUUAUCAUACAAAAAUUGAUAAAAUUAGAUAAAUUACGGGUCGUGGAUUGUGAUCAAGUCUGGAGAAUAUAUAUGUUGUUUUGGAAAAACGGGAUUGAA